AUGUUGGUCGGGCUGCUGCUUUUCCAGAGUUGCUCCUCAUUCAUCCUCACCUCGUACUCGGGCCUGCUCCAACGCCACCCCGUCAUCGUCAGCUUCUUGACUAUGCUCGUGGGAGCAGGCGGCAAUGCUGGAAACCAGGCCGCGGUGCUUGUGAUCCGAGGCCUCGCGCUGGGAGAGAUCCACGUGGGGUCGGAGGGCGCCUACCUCCUGACGGAGAUGCGGCUCGCGGCGCAGAUCGCGCUGGUGCUCACCUGCUGCGGGUGCGCGAGGGUGCUGCUCUUUGGGUACCCUCUGUACGACGCGCUCGCCAUCGCCGCCUCGCUCGCAGCCAUCGUCGCCGUCUCAAUCGUGCUCGGUGCCCUGCUGCCACUGCUGCUGCACAGAGCCUCGAUCGAUCCGGCCCACGCGGGCGCGACUAUCCAGGUGAUCAUGGACCUGUUUGGCGUCGGCAUCACGUGCCUGGUGUGCUCGGCGUUGCUGCCCGAGCCGGCCUGA